AUGGCUAACAUAGUCGGAGUAAUUUUCCUCUGCGGGCUUGCCGUCAUCAGUGCCGGACGCGUGGCUGACGAGGAUGUCUUGUUAGAUUUCCAACGCGUCAGGCAACUCAGAGGACUUGCCCUUAAUUUUGUUGGUCAAGUAAAGGAUUUUGAUGUUAAGGAAUUAAGCACCUUGGACUCCCGAGUGCCAAGUCAGGAGGAUAUGCUGUGCCUAAGUGAUUUGACUACGCUUAUGACUGGACUUCAAAGUGGCCAGUACUGGGCACUGAAAAUGCUCGAUUCCUGGGGUUCCAUACCAUCGGGUCUACUUACGGGAAACAGGUUCGACCUGGGAAACUUCGACGAGUGCCUCAAAAUCAAUCACGGAGUCAGCCUGGGCAGAACUAUCCAGGGAAAGUACUGCUUUCUUUCAGUGUCUCCCACCCAAGCUGUGGGAGUCCAGGGCUCGAUCAUCGGGAGUUUUAAGACUGCCACUUGCCUACCGGCAUCCUGCUCGGCAACUCAGAUGAACACGUUUGUGAGUAUGGUGGCGAAACAACUGCUUAACGUCAGUAUUCCCAGCUCGGUCAUGAGUAUCAGCGAAUCCAGUUGUCAAACUAGUGAAAGUGUACCAUGGGACGGACUCACCAUUUUUAUGAUAGUGAUCUUAUCGGUGAUGGGCUCUUUAGUGGCUUUGUUUACCUUGUGGGACUACUGUCUGGGGAAGAAUCAGGACCAGCUUCCCACCAUUGUAAAGGUGUUUUCGGCCAGGGUCAAUUCUCGUGCUCUAUUUCGCAUUGUAGAGGUCAACUCUAGCCCAAAUGUGAUCGAUUGCCUUCAUGGAAUCAGGUGCUUGUCGCUCAUGUGGGUGGUCUUCUGCCAUCAAUAUGUUAUGGCAGCUCUUGCCUCAAAUAUCAACCUUUUCCAUGCCAUAUCGUGGGAGGAGACACCCUAUGCCAGUUUUAUUCUGCACGGCUUUUUCUCCGUGGAUUCGUUUUUCGUCCUCGGCGGUCUAUUGGUGGCUCUCAUUCCGUUGCGUAUGAUGGAUAGAACCAAAGGUAAACUGAACGUGCCUUUGAUGUACCUACAUCGCUUGAUCCGCAUAGUUCCCCUCUUGGCGAUAGCCAUUCUGAUGUAUUUGAAACUCAUGCCCAUCGUAGCUGACGGACCUCGAUUUGGCAGUGGGUACUCUGGAAAAGUGGAUUGCGAAAAUGGUUGGUAUUGGACUUUGCUCUUCGUGAAUAACUACAACGAAGAAAAGUGUCUUGGUCAUACUUGGUAUCUGUCGGUGGACAUGCAGCUGUUCAUUAUAUCGCCGAUCAUGCUGAUCGCGCUCUACAAGUGGGGAAAGAAAGCAGCUGCUGGCAUUUUCGUCCUAAUCGUUUUACUUUCUGGCUGUCUCUUCGCCACCAUAAUGGUCAACAAGUACUCCUUGGUGCUUAAGCAUUCUUCAAUGGAUGCACAGAAGGAUAUGUAUUUUGCUACACAUACCCAUGCUACACCUUGGCUGACAGGAUUUCUAUUUGGCUACAUUCUACACUUGAACAGGGGAAAGAAGUUCCAGCUUAGCAAGGUAGUCGCGUGGUCAGGAUGGAUUCUUUGCCUGGCCAUGAUCUUCACCUCGAUCUUUGCCCUCUACCCCUACGCAAAGUGGACCGGUCCAGAAUUGUCCACCUUUGCGGAGGCUUCCUACUACACUCUCACUAGAGUGGGCUGGUGCAUGGCCCUCUGCUGGGUGAUCUUCGCUUGCAUGAAUGGAUACGGAGGACUGGCCAAUAGUUUCCUCUCCUCCCCGCUUUGGCAACCGCUCUCUAGACUAUCCUAUUCCGUUUACAUGUGGCACAUGUUCUUCCAGGAAAUCAAUACCAGAAGCAUGCGAACGAAUUCAUAUUUCUCGAACUACACCAUUAUGCUCAACUUCUGGUCCACCUUUGGAUUUGCCGUGCUGUUUGCUUAUGUGAUGCACUUAGUAAUUGAGGCGCCUUUUGGUGGUCUCGAUUACUUCCUGAGGCCAAAACAAAGAUCUCCCCCUCUGGUUAAACAGAAAUCCCAGAUAGAUGACAACGGACACAAUAACCUCGAGGAGCUUAAAGUAACGACUCCAGCACCUGCUGAAAAUUAGUUGUAACAACGAUCCUG